AUGCCGAAGCCAGCUUCAAUUGCCAGUUUGGCAUUGGACCGUGAUGCCCAACUCAUUGAAGCGCUAUGGGAAUGGUCGGCCUCGAGCCAGGGACAUCCUACCGCGACUCCGACGAGCUACGAUGAGUUGUUCAAACUCAUCCGAGAGUUGAAGUCCAAGUCGAAUGCGACGAAGGAUCAGAUAGCCUCUGUAUUUUUCAGCCAGCUGCACUCUCCGACGAAACAGUCUGCCGGGAAAACAUUGAGGCUUGCAUUGAGGCUCUUGUUGAUGGUAGAUUGUUCGACUGGUCCCAUCAAUGCCCUUGACGAGCUCGAGGCUGGCGACCUCCAGCCGCCUUGGCAGGGCGAUGUAACACUGGAAGAUUUCCUCUCCUCCCGGUUUCCUCUAGGAGACAAUCCGAUCUUCUCAGACGACAACAUUGAAGGCGUAAACCAAUCGUGCAAAGAUUUGAGGGCGAGAAACCUACAAGGGACGGCACAUUUGAGAUUUCGACCCACGGACGACAUGAGCCGCCAUCUAUACUUGGACCGGAAGACAUACACCAUCGAAAUAUUCCACCAUACAUCCUUCUUGAAAGAGUAUCUUAUUAUGUCCAAGCCUGGGGCGCUGGGAAAUGGAAAUAGAUGUGUUAUGCCUCGCCAGUUGGCCCUGGAGGUUCUCGACACGAUUCAGAAGGUCUUAUUCCCCUUCUCAGACAGCAAAUCGAUGCGAAUCCUCAAACGACUCGUCACCAAGUCAGACGAGAAGGGUUUAUGCUUCCAAUACUUCGGCGAGCGCCUUGCGCUGCUGCUAGACGAAGUUGAGAAUCUCCGUCCGCAUGGCGUCGUAGAGAGAUGGGUUGAUCGAAAGAGCGGCGCUCGCUACGUCAUGCUCGCAACACUAAUUGGUGUCAUCUUCGCCAUCUUGUUGGAGCUGACAGCUCUAGCGUUGUCCGCUCACCAGACGUGGAUUGCAUAUCAAGCGUGGAAGCAUCUGGUGACGCCCUCAUAG